AUGUCCGAAAUCGUCCACGUCGCCGAGACUGAUAUCUUCACGGCUGUACACGACGUGUACCCGCUCAUCGAUCCGACACCACACUUCACCAAGCAGACGUACAAGAACAAAGUCGUGCUCAUCACCGGCGGCUCAGUCGGCAUAGGCUUCACCACCGCGCUCUUCUAUGCCAAGGCCGGCGCGAAGGUCCUCAUUCUCGCACGUCGCGUCGAGAAGCUCGAGGAGGCGAAAAAGAGCAUCGAGAAGGAUGUUAAGGGCGCGCAAGUUCUCACGCUCUCCGGCGACAUCUCCGAUAUUGAGGUUGGGAAGCGUGCGGUGAAGACUGCCGUUGAGGCGUGGGGUAAGGUGGAUAUUGUCAUUGCGAACCAGUUCACUAUCCUUGCGGGCCCCGAUAGCAAGUUCGCUGAGAAGGAUUCUUUGGCCUGGUGGAAGACUCAGGAGGUCAAUGUGCGGGGCACUCUGAGCAUCGUGCAUGCGGCCAUUCCCGAGCUUCUCAAGUCGAAGGGCCAGAUCAUCGUCACGUCGUCUGCGGCGGCGCAUUUCCGUCUCCCGUCCUUCAUGGACUACAGCGUCAGUAAGCAUGCACUCAACCGCUUCGCGGAGAUCCUAGCCUUGGACUAUCCAGAGAUCCCUAUCUACUCCGUGCACCCUGGAGCCAUUCUGACUCCUGGUGCUGACGUAUCUAUGAACAGCAUGGGUCUCCAGGGCCUCCCGCUCCCGGAUACGCUCGAGCUGCCCGCGGCAACGUUCCUCUGGCUCACUGCGCGCAACGCAGAGUUUCUCAGUGGACGAUACAUACAGGCUAUGUGGGACCUUGGCGAGGUUGUGGCGAUGAAGGACGAGAUCGUCAAGGAGAACUUGUUGGUUACGAAGUUGGCGGGUCCGGUGAGAUCUGCGUGA